GUGUGGCAAAUGGCUUCUCUUUACCAUUUGGUUCACACUGCAACUCUUCUUUCUGCACCUAGCACCAAAUAUCCCAACAUUGAAUAAAACCCUUCUCCAGGUAGCUCCUCUCCGCCGCCGUUGUUGUGCAACCUCAAACGUCCCCUCCCCCCUCUUUAUUCUGUUGUGUGACCUCAAGCAUCCCUCACCUUCUUCAUUCUUUCUUCCCUCCCUUAUCCUCCACACCCUUUCAUUGUCUCCAUCGUAACGUCUUCCUCUUAAACGAUAAUUCAAGUCUUUCAAUGUUGUCUCAUUCAAUUGAAGUCCCACUACUUUUUCUUCAAUUGGUGCAAGUUGAAGUCCUAUAUAAUGUCCUCUCUUCCAAUUUCAUGCCUCUUACAAUUUCCUUUCUCUCUUAAUUUUAUAUUAACUUACAUGGAUUCCACCACCACCACCACCAUCGGAGACAUUACAUUUAACCGGAAUAGGAGAAAAUCGGCAAGUAUCGCCGCCGUCGAGACCAGACAUUAGCUCCCAGAAGUUAAAAAGACAAAAUAACAAAACUGCUAAUUACAAAGUUGGGGACGUGACAAUGCACAUGGCUCUUUUGUUGUGAUUUUAAUGUCGAUAUUAUUCCUUGAAUGAAACAGUUUGUGUGUGUGUGUACACACUAUUUAGUUCUUAACGAAAUAGUUUGAGAUAUUUUUUUUUGUUUGCUUAAUAGUUUGCAAAGCUUAUUCUUUGUAUUAGGAUUAAGAAUCCAAAACAAACAAUUUUGGUUAGAGUAAAAGGAACCAGAAGGUCAUUUUUAA